AUCAAUGUUUAUUUAGAUACCAGCUCUGUUCCUCACUCACUCAUCGAUUGGCAUUGAUUACAGCUGAACCAUAGUCCAACCAGGAAAACAAGUUCAGACAUGCUAUCAGUAUGCUAUUAUCCUCAUUUUUUAACAGAUUGGCUUUAUGUGUUGAAAAUGUUGAAUUUUUGUUGAGCUAAAAGAUGUCAGGAAGUGCAUAAACAGCUGAAACUGAAUUGAACCAGAUGACAGAUGAUAUUGGUUGUUUUGACUGUAUUCAGGACAUCAGGACAAGAGGUUAAAACAAUCAGCAGUCACGUUAUUGAUCAUGCAAACUUGGAAUCAUGCCAGUUUAGCAUUAAGGAUCGAGCUUGUGUAAGAUGUUGAGAAAGCUGCAGCACAUGUAAAUAAUAACAUGACAAAUUAGUGAACAGAAAUGACCUAAUUCAGGAAUUUACAUGUGACACCGGCUUCGUGGAAUCUGCAUCAAUCCGUGCUAGUCUGUGCGUAAAGACUUAAACAAUAAACAAAGCAUAUGACACAGUAAACAGGUGAGAUAACAACUGAAUCAGGGCAGCCUGCUCUUCUGCUCUGUCAAUACAAGCAAUUGACACAGACGGCUGUUGACUGUAUCUGCAGAAGUCUAUCAUGUUUUCAGUCAGACUUUGUUUGGCUUGAUUAAUGCUUUCCACUCAUUCAGUCAAGAGCUUUCUGACUUCCCAGUGCACUUUGAUAAAAUCAGAUCAGUGUGUCAUGUUUUACCAUCUCUUCAUUUCGGUUAUGAGUGCACAGAUGCACUAAAACUGCACAGAGGCAGCAGAAUAUUGUCUAAAUUACUGCUACACAAUUACCUUGGAGAUAAGUCUGUAUGCAAAAAAUGAGGGCUGGCCAGAGCGGCAGACAUUAUGCAGACAAAAGUCAGUAGGGGGCGCCAUGGGAGGCCCAUGUGAGUAUAUAAAUGUUGGGUUUCACAGAUAAGUGGUCACUAAAACUUAACCAGAGGACAACAGAACGUUAGUUGCUGGAUGGUGCUGCUCACAGUCUGCAGAGAUAAGUGAUCCGUGAUCCUUCAUCCUGAGCGUCAGUCAGGGAGGCUCUUUGCUCUUUUCCUUCUUCUCUGGUGGUUUCUCUUGCUUUUCCUCUCUCUGUAAAUUUCUCUCCUCUGGUUCUUUGCUUCUCUCUGCCUUUACUUUUUCUUCCCCCAACCAUGGCUCCAACCCUGGCCAUGGCGUUUGCCCGGCGCUGGUGGAUGGCAGUGACUGCCAUUAUUGAGAAUCUCCUCUUCUCUGCCGUGUUGCUGGGAUGGGGAUCGCUCCUCAUCAUGCUCAAGUCAGAAGGCUUCUAUUCCUACCUUUGCAACGAGGAGGAGGGUAACAGCACCAGCUACAAUCUGUCUCUACCUCUGGCAACGCCUGCGUCAGAUGAGUACAUUGACUACUAUGACAGCGAGGAUGGUGUGGUGGGUUUGGGAGGUGGGGUGGAGAUGAGGCCUCUGGUCCCCGUGGACGGGCCGAUGAGGAUGAACGGCUGGCUGAUCUGUAAAGAACAGGAUGAGAUGCUGAAUCUGGCUUUCACUGUGGGCUCCUUCUUGCUCUCAGCCAUCACACUGCCACUGGGCAUCGUCAUGGAUAAAUAUGGGCCUCGCAAGCUACGACUGCUGGGCAGCACAUGCUUUGGACUGUCUUGUCUACUCAUUGCUUAUGGAGCCUACAAACCAAAUGAACUCUCUGUCCUCAUCUUCAUUGCCCUGACUUUCAAUGGCUUCGGGGGCAUGUGCAUGACCUUCACCUCUCUCACACUCCCCAGCAUGUUUGGUGAUCUCCGUUCAACCUUCAUCGCCCUGAUGAUCGGCUCCUAUGCCUCCUCUGCUGUCACCUUCCCUGGUGUCAAGGUGAUCUAUGACUUUGGCAUAUCUUUCAUCACUAUUCUGGUGGUAUGGGCUGCCUGUGCUGGACUGGUCUACUUGAACUGCUUCUUCAACUGGCCAAUGGAGCCAUUCCCAGGACCCGAGGAUAUGGACUACACUGUGAAGAUCAAGUUCAGCUGGCUGGGCUUUGACCACAAAAUCACAGGGAAGCAGUUCUACCAGCAAGUGACCACAGUGGGCCGCCGGCUGAGUGUGGCCAGCAGCCCGAAGCAGAAGGAGGUGGCUACUACAGACGGACCCAAUCUGUGCCUCUCCACCAUGGACCUGGAAAUGGAUUGCAAGCCAAACGCUGAAUCCCAGUCAUUCUUGAAAACUAUCAGCACCCCAAUUUUCCUUCUCAGUCUGGUGACCAUGUCCGUCACUCAGCUUCGUCUCUUGUUCUACAUGGGGGCCAUGAACAGCGUGCUGGAGGCGCUCAGUGAUGGAGACUUAAGCAAAGUGGAGAGGAUGGAACUUGUGAGUUUGUACUCCUCCAUCUUCGGCGUGCUGCAGCUGCUCUGCCUGAUGACAGCUCCUGUGAUUGGCCAGAUCAUGGACUGGAAGCUGAAACACUGCGAUGAUGGAGAAGAAGAAAAGGAGCCCUUCAGCAAGGGUGAGCCAAAGAAAAAGCGCAGAGACAAAAAGACUCAGAAGGUGACCAACGCCCUGCGAGCAUUCAUCCUCACAAACCUCCUUUUAGUGGGAUUUGGAAUCACCUGCUUGAUUCCCAAUCUCCCCUUGCAGAUUGUGUCAUUUGUCUUGCACACUGUGGUGAGAGGAUUCAUUCAUUCUGCUGUCGGUGGCCUCUAUGCUGCUGUGUAUCCCUCCUCACAGUUUGGAAGCUUAACAGGAAUGCAGUCUCUGGUCAGUGCUGUGUUUGCUCUGCUGCAGCAACCCCUGUUUUUAGCUAUGAUGGGACCCCUGGAGGGAGACCCAUUCUGGGUCAAUAUUGGGCUCCUUGCUCUCAGUAUGCUGGGCUUCCUGCUGCCUCUCUACCUGAUCUGCUACAGAAGGGAGCUCUACAAAGAACAACAGAGGAAAGAGGAUGAUGCCAAGAUCUACAUCCGAAUCAACGGCUCUGAUAUCCCCGAGGCCUACGUCUAGAGGAAAAUUGAACAGCAGAAAAACAGAGAAUAAAGGAGACACUGAGAAAUGUGGGCGAUCUAAUGAUACAUGCACAUAUAAGCAUGAGAAAUCUGUUGUGAAAGUACAACUGAAAUAUCACAGUUUAACACAGAAUUGUCUCCGUUGAUUAGAUACCAACAAACUGCCACACCCAAUGGUCCAAAAUCCCACUAAGAUAAACUAAUGUCACCGAAACUGUUCACUUGACUGAUGGUGGGGAGAAAGGUGAAACAUGGAGGAGAAGUGAAGAACAAGAGCAAGGAAAGACUGUGAAAGGAAAGAGGCACGAGUCCUCUGUAUUCCCCCAAAUCCUCUGACUUGUCUUUUUAUUCUCUUCUGUCUGAGCAGCACACCAGUGCAGCUCCAUUCCACAUGAGACUGCUUUAGUAUCCCCACAGGGGCAGAAAAGGGAUGAAUCUCGACCCGUGAAAGCAACAAGAGUGCUAAAUGUCACCCUGACAGCCAGCCUAACUGUAAUUAGUGAGUGAUUCUUUCAUUAGGAGUCUGGUUUCUCUUUAAAUCCUUGAAACUUCAAUAACACAGUGCUACCUGUCUGGUCCCCAGCUGGGCUUCUUUGUCAGAUGGUUUAAGAUAAAUAUGGAGUAAAUGACUGAUGGAGAGAAGAAAAACCUUAUUGCUGAUAUUUCUCGGGCGAGUAGAGAAGACAGCCGCGAUUAAUUCUGUAGCUGGAUUUUUCUUUAUCUUUCUUUUUUUUUUUUUUUUUUUUUGCAAGACUAGCAUCUGAUCACUACUAUAGCUUAAAAAAGAGUGUAGUAUUGGAUGGAUGUCAGUUUUUCUAGGACAGCAAACAAACUGGCUAAAAGCAGACUGUUCAUGUAUGUUUAGAGUAUUUAUUUUAUUUCCACUUUCUUUAGCUUCAUUUUUGUGCUUUUAAGUUUACCGAGCGUGCCUUUUGAACGUGCAAAAAAAAGAAGAUGACGUCAUUGAACAUUUACACACAUUAGUGAAAACGGUCUCCUGUUUGCAUUACAUUGCAGCACCAUUUACACACAGAUUUACUUGAUGGUUUUGCAUUAAGUGUAUCCAUCAUCCAGGUGCCUUCGCUUUAAGUCAGUAUUUUAUCCAAUCUGUCUGCCUACUGUUUAGAGAAAGACAGCACUUCUCCCCCUCUUUUUCCCAACACAAACUCUGCUCACCUCACCACUUUCUCCUAAAGCUUUUCUGGAGAAAUAACCCUACUUUAAUUGUGUUAUUUUCUUCUGCCUCAUAUGUGUAUUUAUUUUAUUUUACACUCACUUUCACACACCAUAAAUUUGUUGGUUUAUUUAAAUUGUGUUGUGCUGGCAACUACUCAUAUGUCUGAUUGUGUACUGUGUUGUUUGCGUAGAGCUCCUUUCCUCUAUCAGUGAACAUAGGUGUUUUGGUAUGCAAGUGUCCAUGUUUAAUAUGGAAGAAUUUGUGGGGGCUAAUAAAGAUUCUUGCUUUUUUUUUUUUCACUGUUCACCAGGCUA